AUGGCUCUUUUCGGCUCCUCAUCCUCCUCCGACGUCACAUCCGAGCCCUCUUCGACAGAGCUCAAAAAUGCUUUGAUCCAACAAGUCCAGACCGAAGCUGCCGUGAAUAAUGCUCGCGCUCUUGUCAGCAAAAUAAAUGAAAACUGCUUCGAUCGUUGCGUCCCAGCUCCCGGCUCCUCACUUUCAUCCGGUGAAUCGACAUGUCUAUCGUCUUGCAUGGAGAAGUACAUUUCUUUGUGGAACACCACUAGCCGUACUUAUAUUGCUCGUGUUCAACAAGAGUCGAGGAGAAUGGGUGGUGGUGCAGAUGUUCUCGGAGCUUUGGGUUCAUCGUCUUAA